UGAAUGAUAAUGCACCUCAUUUUAUGGAGAAUGUAAUUAAUGUUUUUGUCAAAGAGAACAGUCCAACAGGUUCAGUUAUUUGCACAAUACGUGCAUUGGAUCCUGAUCUUCAAAGUAAUGCCAAAUUAAGUUAUAGUUUGUUAGACAGUGUUCCAAAAUAUAUUCCAGUUUCAUCUGUUUUAAAUAUUAACUCAGAGACAGGUGAGAUUAUCAGUCUGCAGUCUUUUAACUUUGAGGAAUUAAAAACAUUUCAGUUCAAAGUUCAGGCCUCAGAUUCUGGUGUUCCUCCACUCAGCGGCAACGUAACCGUCAAUGUUUUGGUCCUUGAUGAAAAUGAUAAUGUUCCAACAAUCCUUGCUCCUUAUUCUGAGCAUGGCUCCAUCAACAGUGAGAAUAUCCCAUAUUCUGCAGAAGCAGGAUACUUUGUGGCAAAGAUCAGGGCUGUAGAUGCAGACUCUGGAUACAACGCACUGCUUUCUUAUCACCUGUCUGAACCCAAAGGAAACAACCUGUUCAGGAUUGGAACCAGCACGGGAGAAAUCAGGACAAAGAGGAGGAUGAGUGACAAUGACCUGAAAACUCACCCCUUGGUGGUGCUGGUUUCUGACAAUGGAGAGCCCUCCCUCUCAGCUACUGUCUCUAUUGAUGUGGUGGUUGUUGAGAGCACCGCUGACAUCCAGACUCCGUUCAGACAUGUGCCUGUAAAGGAGGACAGCUUCUCGGAUUUGAACCUGUACCUGCUGAUUGCCAUCGUGUCAGUGUCCGUCAUCUUUCUGCUGAGUCUCAUCAGUUUAAUAGCUGUGAGAUGCCACAGGACAGACGGCUCUUUCAGCAGGUACAGCGCCCCCAUGAUCACCACCCACCCUGACGGGAGCUGGUCUUACUCCAAAUCCACUCAGCAGUACGACGUGUGUUUCAGCUCAGACACACUGAAGAGUGAUGUGGUGGUUUUCCCUGGACCGUUUCCACCUGUAGAUGCUGAACUGAUCAGUAUAAACGGAGGAGAUACUUUCACCAGGACUCAGACUUUACCCAACAAGGAAAAGGUAGGCUUUGCUUGGCUGUAA